AUGGCGGCCUCCACCGGAGUGCCGUGGUCGGCGGCAGCGACCUCCGCCGCGGCUCCGUGGCCGGCCAGCGCAGAUCUGUACUCGGCGGCGAGAACUAACUCCCCGCAUGCUCCAUGCUCGGCGGCGGCCUCCAGUGCAGCUCCGCGGUCGGCCGCGGCGGCCUCCACCGCAGCUCUGUGCUCGGCGGAACCAACUAACUCCAUCGCUCCUCCCUGCUCGGCGGCGGCCUCCCCCGCUGCUCCCUGCUCGGCGGCGAAGUCUACCUGCCCCGCUGCAUCGUGCGGCGACCUCCCCUGCCGCGUCUUGCUGCGACGGCGGCCUCCCGCGCAUGGCCCCGAACUCGCAGCGACGGUCCUUCCAAUCUCUUGGCUCUCGCGUUGUGUGGUCGAGAGCACUCGGGAUAAGCUUGGUGUUGAAGAACUGAUUCUGAUGCCUGGAGGUUUGUUUGGAAAGAAACUGAUAUGUGAAGCUUGGAGGCGUACCAAGGCUGCACCACCUAGAUGUUACUGGAAAUCGUAAGGCCUGACUUGUGUUCCUUGAAGAUCACAUGGACAGUUUCCAAGAGUCGUCUUUUGUCACAAAAAAAAAACAUUGCUAGGAAUAGUUGUAUGAAAUAUGUAAUUUAUGACGAAUGGUUGCAAAUAAUGUGACUGAAACUUUGUGUUUUGAAUGCUGAUAACUGCUGGAUGUUGACUUUACAGACUUC